CAUGGCUUCUCUAAUCAAAUUCUUUUGAACUUCCCCUAAACCUCUUAGAACUUCUCCAUAUAAAAGCCUCCUUUCGUCACAAUCCAAAACCAUUAGCCUUAUUUUUCUAUCUUUAAUUUAUAUUUUUCCUUCCCAUGACAAAUUCCGAAGAGAAACCAAUCUUCAUGCACAAGCAUUCACCAUUACAAGGAGAGGAUGUUGAUGACCAUGAAGAGGAAGUUUGGGAUAAAGGAUGUGAUUGGUUUAGUCUCUUCUGCCUCAAAUGGCGGCGAAACGACAUCGAGGAAACUGAUUCCUUAGUGCACCAGAGAGGAGAGCCCACACAGACAUGGUGGAAAAGCAAACUGAAGAAAGUGAAAGAAGUCUCGGAAAAACUUGCAGGGCCAAAGUGGAAGAAUUUUAUAAGGAAGAUGAGUGGAUAUUGCAAUAAGCGUAGGACUCGAAAGAACAGGUUUCAGUAUGAUUCUUAUAGCUAUGCUCUCAACUUUGACGAUGGUGCGGAUAAAGAAGGAGAUGAUUUGCUUCAGGAUUUCUCCGACAGGUUUGUUGCUCCAUUUUCGGACGAGAGACAGCGGGCUGGGUCAGGAAUGUAAUCACACUGGUUUAAUGAUUGGUAUCUCUUUCUCAGCAUAUGCAAAUUAAUGAUACUGAUCAAAAUGUUUGCAUAUAUAUGAUUUCCUUUAUACCCUCUUAAUUGGAAUCCAUGUGAAGUAUAGUUAUAUUCUUUGGCUUAUUUUGAUUCUUGCAAACCUGGAACAUAGUUAACGUAAAUUGAACUGCAAGGUAUGGGCGUUAUGUCAAUUAAUUUGUAUGUAGGGCCUCUGAAAUGGAGUUUGAAUAGAAUCUGUUUGUAUUUGCA